AUGCAUCCUGCUACUAAACCUGAAGAUUCAAGUCAUCGAGUCCCAAUCGGCAUAAAUAUUUUGACAGGUGGUUUAGCAGGAUGUGUUGCAAAGACAGCAAUUGCUCCACUCGACAGAGCCAAGAUAAAUUUUCAGUCUACUCGAAUGCCGUUUAAUGUUCGGAGUCUUAUUCAGUUUCUCAAAAACACUUACCAAGAACAAGGUUUCAUGUGCUUAUGGCGUGGUCACACUGCAACUCUUGCCAGAAUUUUUCCUUAUUCUGCUAUUCAGUACUCUGCUCAUGAUCAUUACAAACAUUUACUUGGGAUCGGUUCAACUAGCCAUUCAGAUAUUUCGUAUAUACGUUUACGACGAUUUCUUGCUGGUGUUGGAGCUGGGACAACAUCGGUUACCUGUACAUACCCACUUGAUGUUGCUAGAGCACGUAUGGCAGUUACAACUGCUUCCAAAUAUUCUAGUCUUUUUCAUGCUAUACGAGCUCUUUAUACAGAAGAAGGAUUAAGUGCAUUGUAUCGUGGUUUUUCCCCUGCUCUCCUCGGUAUUAUCCCAUAUGCUGGGACAGCUUUCUUUACGUUUGAAACACUGAAAGAAACUUGUUUAGACAGAAACAAAGAUCCCAUCACUGGUAAACGGCCUAAAAAACUGUAUCCAUUUGAAAAUUUAUGUUGUGGUGCAGUGGCUGGAAUUUUAGGACAAACUGCUUCGUAUCCACUAGAUAUUGUUAGACGAAGAAUGCAAACUGCUAAUAUUACAGUUAAUAUAAAAACAGUUGAUUGUAUUACGGUGUGUGCUACUGAUGACGACAGAUAUAAGUAGCAUGUAUUGCCAAUCGAAAGUGGAAUGCCUGAUGGCAAAGGUUAAGAGAAUUCGAAGAGAAGAGAACGAGAACAGAGAGUGAUUGAUAUGGAAGUGAAGGAAUAACAAAGUCUGAGACAGUUGAUGGAUAUUUUGGAAAUGAAGUAUUUACUGUAUGGU